GUCGCACGCGUGUGACGUAACGCGGAACACGGUGACGUUUGUUGAUUUUUCGAUUUGCACAGACCGGUGUUAUUUUUAACUGUAGUAUUUAUUUAUGAUUCCAGCCAUGUUUGCCGGACUAUGAAAGCACGGUUUAUGCCACUGCGCCUCAAAGACAUCAAAGAGCGGAGCGUCAUCGCGGUUUCAGUGUGUGUUCAGCGGAGUCUGCGGCGAUGGCCAUCUUGUUUGCGGUGGUGGCUCGAGGAUCCACGGUCCUGGCUAAACACGCCUGCUUCUCUGGAAACUUCCUGGAGGUGACGGAGCAGAUCCUGGCCAAAAUCCCCUCGGAGAACAACAAGCUGACGUAUUCCCACGGCAGCUAUCUCUUCCACUACAUCUGCCACGAGAGGAUCGUGUAUCUGUGCAUCACCGAUGACGAGUUCGAGCGCUCGCGUGCCUUCGGCUUCCUGAACGAGGUGAAGAAGCGCUUCCAGACCACCUACGGCUCCCGAGCGCAGACCGCUCUGCCCUACGCCAUGAACAGCGAGUUCUCCAGCACUCUGGCGGCUCAGAUGAAACAUCACUCAGAUCCUAAAGGCUCGGACAGACUGACAGAGACACAGAUGCACGUAGAUGACUUGAAAGGCAUCAUGGUCCGGAACAUCGAUCUGGUCGCUCAGAGAGGAGAGAGGCUGGAGCUGCUCAUCGAUAAAACCGAGAACCUGAUGGAUUCUUCCGUCACCUUUAAAACCACGAGCCGUAAUCUGGCCCACGCCAUGUGCAUGAAGAACCUGAAGCUAACCAUCAUCGUGGUAGUAAUCGUGCUGGUGGUGCUGUAUCUCAUCGUGACGGCCGCGUGUGGAGGACUCAGCUGGCCUAACUGUCGGAAGCAGUAGGAACGUCCUGGUCCUGUCCAGCGGAGGUCAGCUCGCCGAUAGAGACUCACACACAGAGCAGCGCUGAGCUCCAGACUACACCACAGCAUCUAGCGUGUCUCUUUGGUUCUUUGGGUUCCUUUCACAACGUUGUAACGCAGAUCGACUACAUGAAGAAUUUAAAGGAGUAGUUCACCAAAAGAUUAAAAAUCUGUCAUUGUUUUUCGUGUAGAGCAGGAGAUGCUCAUUCAUUCUGCUCCGUUCCAGACUUUUAGAAAGUGCCAUAAAGUGUGAUAAAAGUGGUCUGUCUGACCUGUGACCUGUG